AUGGACGGGUCCGCCGAGCCCCGGAUCCCGGGCCUGUGCGACACCUACCAGAACAACAUCACGGAGAUCAGUCUCACAGGGUCUCCUCUGUCCCACAGUGAGAAGUUGCCCGGGGAGUACUUCCGGUACAAAGGCAUCCUCUUCCCGUUGGGCCUCUAUUCUCCAGAGAGCAUCAGCACUGCCGGGGACAGCCAGGACGUGCGCAGCGACGACAUCUUCAUCAUCACCUACCCCAAGUCAGGCACCAACUGGAUGAUAGAGAUUGUCAGCUUGAUCCUCAAGGACGGGGAUCCCUCUUGGAUCCGCACAGUACCCAUUUGGGAGCGAGCACCUUGGUGUGAGACCAUCGUGGGAGCCUUCAGUCUCCCGAACCAGAACAGCCCCCGCAUCAGGAGCUCACAUCUCCCCAUCCAGCUCUUCAACAAAGCGGUCUUCAACGCCAAGGCCAAGGUGCCCAGGCGGGAGGGACUGCAAUUCGGCUCCUGGUUCGACCACAUUAAAGGCUGGAUUCGGAUGCAGGGCAAAGAGCACUUCCUGUUUACCACCUACGAGGAGCUGCAUCAGGACUUCCGUGGCUCUGUGAAGCGUGUCGCAGAAUUCCUGGGCCGGCCGCUGAGUCCUGAGGCGCUGGACUCCGUCGUGGCUCACUCGGCCUUCGGCGCCAUGAAGGCCAACUCGAUGUCCAACUACACGCUGCUGCCCCCCAGCCUGCUGGACAAUCGGCAGGGGGCCUUCCUCCGAAAAGGGGUGUGCGGCGACUGGAAGAACUAUUUCACUGUGGCCCAGAGCGAAGCCUUCGACCGCGUCUACCAGGAGCAGAUGCGGGGGCAGCCGACCUUCCCCUGGGAUGAGGCCCAAAAGGACGCCAGCGCAGACCCCGAUCCCAGCCCCUGUCAAGCCCCCGAGAGCCCGGACCCGUGGCCCUGA